AUGUGUAAAUAUUGGUGUAACUACAAGAAAGAGCAUGUGUUGGCAACCUUCGCCAACUUUGCCUACAAUCCGAGGAAUCUGGAGGACCUGAGAACCCUUCAGGUGACUGAACUCUUCUUGGACAUGCUCACAGAGGAGAAUGAGAAUGUUUCCUCACGCUCCCAAACCACCAACGCCGCACUGCUACAAUGCAUGCUGUUCUUCUCCAUCUCCCAUAGCCCACGCCUGCGUAACUUGGCCUCUGUGUUCCUCAAGGACUGCUGCACUAAGGAGCAGGUGGCCAGGGCAGAGGUACCUAUGCAGGGACACUAUCCUACAGCACAGCACUAUCCUACAGCACUUCCUAAGGACGAGGCUAGUCUGGAGACAUGA